AUGGCCAUUUUUGUGAGGGAGGCACGAUCGAAGGUUGCUGGCACAACUGCUAAUCCUAACUCAAACGUCUUUUUGACGUGGAAUGGGGAACCGAUGGUAUCGAGUCAAAUAAACAAAGCGAUCAAGUCAGUCUGGAAGAAGGCUCAAGUGGAUGGCAAUCCUAGCUCAUCUCUCCUCAGAAAGUCGGCCGUUUCUCGAGUACACACAGCAAGCGACAGCAAUGAAGCCAGGGGAAAUCUUGCAGACCUGAUGGCCCACAAUCUGCAGACGGCAAACAAAUAUUACCGUCUACAGGAAAAGAGCAAGUCCUCAGUUCAAGCCUCCAAGCAGCUGCGCAGCAUAAUGCGUGAACAGUCAGACCAUCCAGACCAAACAGCCAAACCAAACAGUACUUCUGUCAGCCCAAGCCCAUCUGCUUCAGAGGCUGUUGUCCCCAAAACCUCGAGAGGUUCAUGGAACGAGGACAAGGAAGCUCUUAUGAAGACAGUUUUCAAGGAUGAAAUUGAGCACAAAGCUAUUACUUUAGCUACGGUGAAAACAAAAAUUUCUGAUCAUCCGCAGCUAAGGGAAGAAGACCCAAAACGAGUCUUGGACAAAGUACGCGCUCAAUGGCGUUUCAGUAAGUCCCCCCCUCCAGAACCUCAAUGCCUUCCAUCUGAAGUGGAAACACUAAAGCAGCGUGUUGAAAGGGCGUUUCAAGCAGAGAGCGAGACGGCAAGUGAAAUCAUACCUCCAACCAGUGUGUCAAGUAGCGUAAGAAACGUCUUUACAGCAACCGAGCUUGACAGAAUGCAAAAGUUAUUUCGCAACAUGAUCUAA